AUGUCACCAAAGAAGAAAAAUCAUCUCAAGUCUGCCUCGUAUUCGUUCAGAGACAGAGGUCAUUUAUCAAGAGACAAGGACCUUGAUGUGGACUAUGUGGUCCAUAAGCGAUCCAUUGGAAAGGACGGAAACCCUGGCUGGCUGGAGUCCUGUGCAGAUCCGCUAUACAAAACUUCACCAGGGCCUUCCCACUUGUCGAGUCCAAGGAAACGGCUGAAAGAAGUCUCUAUGGAAUUGCCAGAUAUCCAACACAAUGAUAUGUACCAGGAAAUGUAUGGAGAUUUUGUGGCUGAACUUCCAAGACACACGAAAACACAAAAUGACUUCAUAUCAGAGUAUCUCCUGUAUCGAGACACAUAUCUAGAUAUCAUCUUGGAAUCAGAGACCUUUGUCGGUGCUGGUGUCUGCGAGAUUUGCCAAAUGGCCAAGGGCACUUUUCGUUGUUUAACUUGCACCGGUGACCAUGGCUGGUGUGGUUCCUGCAUUGUUGCAUCACAUCAGUCUUUACCUUUCCACAAGAUCCAAAUGUGGAAUGACAAAUGUUUUGAUGAUACAACUCUGGCCGACCAGGGAUUCGUAUGGCAUAUGGGUCAUGGGGGGAAGUCUUACCCUCAAAAUGGAGCUACACCAAGUUCGAUUUCUACCACUGCUAUCACUGUUGUGCAUUCCUCCGGAGUGUUCACUCACAAUGUCACAUGGUGUACUUGCCCAGGAUCUUAUGAUCAACAGCACCUUCAGCUGCUUCGCACAGGAUUAUUUCCUGCCAGCACCACAAGGCCCAAGACUGCAUUCACCUUCGAAGUACUGGAUAAUUUUCUUAUCGACGCCUUGGAAUGCAAAACUUCAGCGAUGAGCUUCUUUGAGAAGCUAAGGCGGCUGACUAACAAUGCUUUCAUGUAUACUGUUCCUGAUCGAUAUCGAGAACUCAUGAGAGUAUCUUGUCUAUGGCGAGACUUGAAGAACCGUAAAUGGUUUGGAUUUGGUCAUGACAGGGAAACACAGCCAGGACCAGGAAAUCUGGCACUCUUCUGCCCAUCUUGUCCUCAGCCAGGAAUCAACAUGCCUUCUCAGUGGGAGGAGAAGUAUGAAAGGUGGCUAGUAAUGAAGAGAUUUGUAGUGGACGGAAAUUUUACUGCACAACACAUGAACAUGCGACAGCCUGAAUUGGACAUCUACCUCUCGGAUGGUUUAGGUUAUAUGGUGACAGAGGCAGAAUACCAAGCUCACCUGACCUCAGCUACAGAGAGUAGAGAGAGGUCUGCUUGUAGCAACCAUCGAGCUGUCAAUGCUGCAAAUAUGAACCGAAGUAACCUCCGAGCUACAGGGGUGGGUGCUACUGCUUGUGCUCGACAUGGGUGUUUUGUUCCCCACAGCAUUGUAGACUUUCAGAAGGGUGAACGAUACAGCCUAAAUUUUAUUCUAGGAGCUGGGCAAGUGGAUGGUGAAAUUCUAGAAACACUCUGGGCACCCUUCAACAAGAUCUCUCCAACAGCUCGGUCCAUGAGCCAAGCUCACCAUCAAGAAAUCCUUGAUGAUCAUAUGCGGAAUUCAAAUUGGAAGAAGCUCGUUGGAAUUGUUAAGACACUCUUAAGAAAAUACAAACGGGCCAACAAAGGCAUUGACGACACUAAGGUACCAUUCGAAGAGCUUACAAGAUCUUUGAAUACAAGCAGAGUCAAUGGAUGGGAGGAAGAUGAGGAGAAGGCGAUAAAAGAACAAGGAGAAUAUCUGGACAUAUACCAGCUAAAGAUAGAUAAAGCACCAACCAUGGCAGAAAUCCAGCUGAAAUUAACAGAAUCAGAGUAUGUUGAUAUGGGCAAGUUGGGAUUCGUAUCUUGGCUUGUUGAUGGCAUCCAUUUGGAAGAUUCACAGGAUGCAUUGAGGGUCGAAAUCAGGCAGCUUCCAAAAGAUGUGUCCCCUGCUCAAAAGACUGUGGUUGAAGACAAAAGACAAAAGCUGGCUGCUCGUAUUGCGAAAUUUCAUGAAGUUGCUGAUGCUAUGGAGGGGAUUGAAGUUAAUGCAGGUACAGAACCCCUAGAUGACCUCAGAUUUUGCUUUGCAGAUGUGUCAGAGCAUGGGUGGGAGGGUGCAGAUCUUGAAGAAGCUUUGGAAGACAUCGAUGAGGAAGCUCCGGCAGAAGCCAUGUGUAUUUGGAUGCCAUCAUCAGUUCCUCACGACGAAGCUUCAGCACUUGGCUUGGAUGGUCUACAAUCUGAAGAACUGGAAUUAUGA